GAGGGGGCGUGGCCGGCGGCGGCGGGAAGUUGGAGCGGGCAUGGCUGCCCUGAGCGCGCGCGACAAGGAGAAGCUGAAGGAGAAGUUGGCCGUACUGGAGAGACAGUACAGGAAGACGUUCAAGAGGCUGCAGCGUGCUGAAAGAGCCGAGAAGGUCAAGAGUUACGUCAAGAAAACAGUUGCGGAGCAAAACAGCUUGCUUCUGCAAGCAGCGGCUGAGGAGGGCCCUGCAGAUUCCACCAGGCAGGGGGCUCCGGAAGGCUCCAAGAGCAUCCCAGCUGGCUCUUGUCCCAAGAGGAGCGCUGUCAAAACUCCCUCCGUCACCUUCAGUCUUGAGCCGGAGGUGUUUAGUCGAGAAAGCGACUUGCCUGUGAACUCAGGCUCAGAAUGUACCGAGAGGGAGCAUGAAGGGAUUCUGGGUGGCACCAUGCAGCCAAUUCCUGGGAAAAACCGGAGCCGCCUAUCCAGAAGCAGAAGGAGGGGACGGGAAAGUGUGGCUUCGGAGGAGAGCAGAGACGUUGCACGUGAUGGAGAGGAGCUGGGGCACAAAGGAGCUGGCUGGGAGGGCUCUCAGUCCCCCGUGUUCACGAGACGUGGCAGCGGUUUGGAGCUUGACCCAAGCAUCCCAAGGACACCUUCAGCUGGAGCACAAGGAAGCAGCGCUGCGACACCACAGCUGGAAGAUGUACAGGGACCGCUUGGGGGAAACGUCAUUCCCGGAGGCCUCAGUCCACUCCCCGGCUACCUCUUGGAGGAGAGUUGGGGUCCGUCCCUGGAGCACCCGUGGAAGGAGGGCACCUUUGCCCUCCCUGAAGUUUCAGCAGUCGAGGACACGGGCUGGCUUGCUGACGUUCAGCAUCUCUCAAAAGAAAAAGAGGGAGGCAGGGAGGAUGAAGCCGAUGUGGGCAGAACUGCUCCCCAGGAGAGUGGGGGUGGAGCUGCCCCCCCACGGGGAGAGUCACAGAGCUCCAGACACUGCAAGGGUGACUCUCCUGCUGCCCAGCCUGCGAAGGCAAAUUCAGGGGGUGGGGCAGAGGCGGCCUCUCCCCUCUUCGAGGGGGUUUCUCCAGCCGCCCCCACCCGCAGCCUGCUGGACUCCUGCACGGUCGUGGAGGGGCUCCUCUUCCCGGUGGAGUAUUACGUGAGGACCACGCGGAGGAUGGCCAGUCGCCAGCGGGAGCUGAACCUGGCAGCCGUCAUUCAGAGCCAGCUGGGCACGAGGAGGCGGAGCCAGAGGGCCUCCCCCAAGGACAGAGUGGCGAGUCCCGCCCCCUCCUCCCAAGGGCUGUCGGCGAGCCCUCCUGAAGCCAGCCAGGGGGGUGGGAGUGGGUCUCCUCUGCCCUCAAACGAGGGUCCCGGGGAAGGGAUGGCUCCGAGCAGAAGGGGGAGGCGGAAGGGGAGAGGGCGGCCCAGGCGCACAGCUGCAAGCCGUGGAGCACGAGAACCGCUGGCGUCCGUGGGUCUCCCCUCAAGUGGGGCACGUGGCUCUGAGCCUCGAGAGCAGGCUGAGAAUCAGAGUGGUGCCAGGGUGGAGCCAGCCCCAGAGGGCACCCCGUCUUUGCAUCAAAGUGAGUCCUUGAGCACUUCUCUGGAACGCCAGGCAGGAAGAACGUCCCCAGGUGGAAGGGGGAGCAGGCCGUGUGGGGCGGGGCCAGGACCUCCUUCUCUCAGCAGUCUUAACUGGCUGCCCACUGACUUGGCCCUCUGCGAAUUCCACCUGCCUGCUGAUGAGUUUGGCCUCCUCCAGUCAGAAAAAGUCAGAGCUUCCACCGCAAAAGUGCUGGAGAUCGCAGGCGCCGGCGAGUCACCCGAGGAUCUCCAGGGGGCUGAUGAUGCUGUCCUUCAGACUGCAGAGGAGAGGCCAGGCGACGUUCUCCUUUCUCCAGAGGAUCUGCCCGCAGAGCCCGCGUUGGGCUUGCACACAAGCAAGCUGCUCCUCUCCCCAGCUCAUGUCACCUCGGAGGGGGGAAGCCCUCAGCAGGAAUCCCAGCUGCCCACCCCGCUUUUCCCCAUGGUGGGGGCAACCCCUGCCACUCAGGGCUUUGGUGACUCUCCUCAGCAAGUGCCAGCAACUUCCCCUCCUGAGCCAAGUGCCAGAGCAGUGGGCAAGCCAGCCUGUGGCAUGGAGGAGGAGCAGUGCCACCCGAGGACGUUAUGCCCGGAGGAUGAAGGGGGAGCCCUCCGGAAGCAGGAUGAAGCAGCGGUGAGCCUGGGGGCAAGGCAGGAGCUGGUGGCGGAGUCCGAAGAGCCCUGUGGGGCCUCUGCUGACCAGCAGGACGCAGCAGCAGGAGGCCCGGCACAGGCGCCGGGGGGGCGACAGGGAGAAGGGAAUUUGCAGCUGAUCUCCAAGCUAAAGAAUCCCACUGGUUCCUGCCCUGUGGACAUGAGCACAGUGUGGUGGGAAGUGGCUGACUUCACGGAGUUGUGCAUUGUGACCGCUUGCGAGACUUCUGUUGCCCUCUGGAGGCGUCUGGACUCCGGCUGCUGGGAGACCAUCCACACCUGGAGUUUUGCAGAGGUCCCGGUCUUCCAACUCAUCCCCCUGCCGGGAGCCCACAGCCUGGUCUGCGUGGCCUUGGGAGGCCUGGAGAUAGCUGAGCUCAGGCUGCUGUUUCAUUCUCCGGAAGAAGGCUGCCUGAAACAGUUGUCUAUCAAAGCCGGGAAUAUCACAGCUGUUCUGGGCCUGAGCGGCCAGAGGCUGGUCACCAGCUGCGAUGGAGCGGUGGAAGUCCUUUCCUUCUCUGAGGCAGGAGGGGGCUGCAGGAGGCAGGCCUUGUUUCCUCCAGAGGAGACCGUGUCAGCGUUUGCUGCUGUGGACGGGAUGGCUGAGGCUCUGGUGGGCUUGACAGCUGCCAACUGCGUGGUGGUCUGGAAUCUGAGCUCCGGGCAGCUGCUGUGUCGGAUGCCCCUGGGCUACACCUACCCUGCACCCGUGUGCCACCAGGCCUCCUCUGACUCGGGCCUCCUGUUUGUGGUGUUGAGUCACCCGUGUGCCAAGGAGGAGGAGGUGUGCAGUAGCCCUGCUUUCCAGCUGGUUGCGUUCAACCCCAAGACGGCCAGGAGUGUCGAGGUGAUGGUCGCAUCCCUCCCUUCGGGACUCCAAGGAAGGUACCUGGAGGGGGACGUGCGGGACACCUGUGCUGCAGCCGUGCUGGCCUCCGGAGUCAUCGCUGUGUGGGACCUGCCCAGGGGAGAGUGCACGGCUCUGCUGCCCCCCAGUGCCGAGGGGAGCUGGUCUCUCGUCAGGUGGUCACUCACAGACAGGUGUCUGCUGGCUGGCCAGACAGAUGGCAGCGUCUGGAUCUACGCAGCCAGGCCGGGUUCUGGCCCAGAGCACGAGAGCUCCUGGGCUUGAGCCAUUUCCCACCCGGACUUUUCCUCUGCCACAGACUUUGGGGGCGGGGGUUGGUGAAAGCGGCCCCUGCCCCUGCAGGAACUAUCUCUUCAGCUCACUGCCGGUUUAGCUGAAUGUAGACUGAGCCUGGGGCCUGAUCCCCUGGUAGGGCCCACUGGCCUCAGCUCUGCUGUUUGGCUCAAGGUCUGUUUGGUGCCUUCUUCUGGGGAAGACGAUUUCCAGGGACUAUUAAACUUUGUUCUAAAAGGAAAA